AUGAUAGAAAACCAAGAUCUGUUUUCUAGUUAUUUGAUUAACAUCGAUAAAAUUCUCGGCUCUAUUGCCUUGAUUGGUAAGACUGAACACAUUGCUUUUGUCAUUUAUUCAUAGAAGAAAUCCACAAAUUUGGGAAGCUGAAGAAAAGUGUUCAUCUCAAUUUAUUUAAUUUCCCAGAAGUUUAUUUGCAGAACUAUGAGACUUCCUUAGCAGUACAUAAUUUUUGGUCUUCUCUCUUUUUUUUUAGUAUGUACAAUGGCUGGAGAUACAGUCUAUGCAGACAUUAAAACUGAUGGAGCUGUUUCUCUAAGAAAUUCAUCCUCCCUUCAGAAAUCCGUUUCUUUUAACUCUUCUACUGUGCAUAAAUCAUGCCCUUUGAAAGACUGGAAGCUACAUGGAGGGAAAUGUUACUGGAUGGCUAAAUAUAAUAAAUUUUGGCAUGAAAGUAAAAAUGACUCUGCCAUGAAAAAUUCACAUCUCAUGGUGAUUCAAGAUUUCAUUGAUAUGGUGAGAUAUCAAACUUGUAGAUUAUAG